AUGACCCUUACACAAGUGGAAGCUGAUGUGCGGUUUUGGGAGGACAUCGUGCAACACUCCGACAUUCACGACGAAUCUCUGCGAGCCGUAGCUGCCAGUGGGUGCAUGUUUCGUAUGCUGAAGUCUGACGUCGAGAAAAUCAUUGAAAACCUGAGGACUAAAAAGCCGUUAGAUUCCGCCCCAUACGACCUAGACAAAGUCGGGAGGGAGCUUUUAGGGCACAGCAGCGCAUAUCUUCAGGAGCUGAGCGUCUUCAUCGCUGACCGCGAACACUCAAACAUCGUGCGUUAUUUUUAUAAACUCUUUGCCUUCUUUCACAUUUCCUAA